CACGCUGGAGCGCAGCAUCCUGGGUGAAAGGGAGGGAGCGGUUCGGCGUUCAGCGCUCUCACGGUGUGUCUGUCCCUGCUCCUCUGGGCUGUUAAUAGCUCUGCGGGUUAUUAACAGGCCGGAACGGCCGGCGUGGGCUGAAGAGCGCGGCAGGGGGGGCAAAGCGCCCGGCGCUGGACGGGGAUGCUGUCCCGGAGUAGGCGGCUCUGCUGGAACCGUGGGACGAUCCAGCCAGGAAACUCACCUGCCGGCAAAUCGCGUGGACAGGGCCAGCCUGCCCCAGCCGGGAAAACUUUCCCAGAGCGUUUUCUGCGUCGGGAUGGUUCGUGUGCCCCGGGCUCCCGGCUGGGUGCCGGGUCCCUCGCCGGGAGAGCUCGACCUCCACCUCCACCCGGCUGCGGGAUAACGGCGGGGUUCAUUGCCCGGAGGGCUCGUUCCCCACCGGCUGCGGGGGUUCAUUACCCGGAGGGCUCGUUCUCCACCGGCUGCGGGGGUUCAUUGCCCGGAGGGCUCGUUCCCCACCGGCUGCGGGGGUUCAUUGCCCGGGAGGGCUCGUUCCCCGCCGGCGGCAGGAGAUGCGCGUACGCGCUGCGGCGCUGAGCUGCCGCGCCUGCUUCCCCCCCCGUACCGCUGCGGGGGGAGGCGGGGCUCGGCUCGGCUCGGCUCGGUUUGGCUCGGCUCGGCCCGGCUCGGGAUGCUGCUGCGGGUGCGCGCUGCCGUGGCGCAGCUGGCGGCGGGGCUGGGCGCGGGGCCGGGCGCGCAGCCCCCCGCAGAACCGCGGGGCGCCGGGGCCGCCCGGGGAUCGCCGCCGCCAGCCGCCUUCUGCCGGCCGGCCUUCCUGCAGCUGACCCCCGAGGAGCUGCGCCGCGCCGACGACCACGCGGGGCGGGCGGUGCAGAGCCCCCGCGACGGGCGCCGCCGCCUGCCCUGGAGCACGGGAUACGCGGAGGUGAUAAACGCAGGGAAGAGCCAGCACAAUGAGGACCAGGCGUGCUGUGAGGUGGUGUUUGUGGAGCAGAGGCCCAGCCCAAGGGGCUGGCUGCCGUCCAGGGAAGGCAGCGGGGAGCUGGAUGGGGGCAGGAAAGGUUUUUAUUUCCACUACUGGGCCUUGUUUGAUGGCCACGCGGGCAGCGGUGCUGCUGUCAUGGCUUCGGAGAGGCUGCACCUGCACAUCUGUGAGCAGCUCCGGGACCUCGUGGAGAUCCUGCAGGACCCCUCCCCACCUCCCAUCUGCCUCCCACACGACGCACAGGGCGGUCCUGCAGAUCCAAACCAGAUGUCCCAUGGCGAGGAGUGUGGGGAGGUCCUGAACGAUGCUGUGCCACGGUUUCACCUGGAGAAAGCAGUGUCCCAUGAGAGCCUGGUGAUCGGUGCCAUUGAGAAUGCCUUUAAGCACAUGGACGAGCAGAUCGAGCGCGAGCGGGCGUCCCAGCACCUGCCCGGGGGGUGCUGUGCCCUGGCUGCCGUCUACCUCAUGGGCAAGUUCUACGUGGCCAACGCUGGUGACAGCAGGGCCAUUAUCAUCCGUAAUGGGGAAAUCAUUCCAAUGUCCAGGGAGUUUACUCCAGAGACAGAGAGGCAGAGGCUGCAGUUUUUAGCUGUGCUCAGGCCCGAGCUGCUGGGGAAGGAGUUCACGGCCCUGGAGUUCCCCCGCAGGGUGCAGCCCAAGGAGCUGGGGAAGAAGAUGCUCUACAGGGACCAGGACAUGAAUGGCUGGGCUUACAAAAAGAUAGAAGAGGAUGACCUGAAGUUUCCACUUAUCUUUGGGGAAGGCAAAAAGGCUCGGAUGAUGGCCACCAUUGGGGUCACAAGGGGCCUGGGAGACCACGACCUCAAGGUGUUCAGCUCCAACAUCCACAUCAAGCCUUUCCUGUCCUGCUUCCCCGAGGUCAGGGUUUAUGACCUCACGCAGUACGAGCACUGCCCUGAUGACGUUCUGGUGCUGGGCACCGACGGGCUCUGGGACGUCACCAAUGACAAGGAGGUGGCAGGAGUGGUGAUGGAGGUGCUGGCCAGCUACGAGCCCAACGACCCGUGCAGGUACACCAUGGUGGCCCAGGAGCUGGUGGUGCGCUCACGGGGCGUGCUGAAGGAGCGUGGCUGGCGGCUGGCCAAUGACAAGCUGGGCUCUGGAGAUGACAUCUCUGUUUUUGUGAUCCCCCUGGGUGGCCCUGGCAACUACACGUGAUGCUGAACGAGCCUGGGGCAGCGGGGCUCAGCUUGCCUGGGUGGAGACGCUGUGGAGAGGGACGCUGGGGCUACCUCAGGGCCAUGCCUCCUCUAAGCACUCGUUUCUUGAGCCAACUGAAAGAAGUGUAAGAAACCUGGAGCCUCAGUGCCCCUGUCCAGAGCAUCCCCCUCCACGUGCUUGCAUCCCAGUCCCAGGUGGAGAUGGAGAGGCCUUGGAUAGAGUGUGAGCACUGGGCUCAAGGGAUGUUUUCAUGCUGCUACUUUCUCAAUGCUGUGAAAAGCCUGAAGGCUCCUUGGCCCCUCAGCAUGUCCUUUGCCUCUUGCCAUGGCUGUGCUGACUGCAGCCCC